CACUUAAUUGAUAUGUACUAUUCCCAAGUCAAUUAGUUCCAUCACCGAGCAAGACAAAAUCAUCAAAUAAUAAACACUCCUAUUUAAUACCCUCAUUCCGGCCUCUGUAUGUAGGCAACUAGGCAGCCCAUUUCUUCAUCACCCUCUUAAAUUCUGUCGCUGCGAGUCAGCCUGCCAUUAAUGGAGGACGCUAAGGUUCCAUUCUUGACAGCUGCGCGAGAAGACGACUGCUCGGUGAGCCAAUUGAAGCCUUCUUCAACCAAAUGGUCUUUCACAUCUUCCUUCCACGCCGAUUCCGAAGAUAUCCAGCCCAUCAAUGGCGUCAGAGAUUUUUUCCGGGAAUUCUGUUCUGAGUCCAAGAAGCUCUGGUUCCUCUCCGGUCCGGCCAUUUUCACUUCCCUAUGCCAAUACACCAUCGGCGCCAUCACUCAGGUCUUCGCCGGCCACCUCGGAACUAUUGAACUCGCCGCCGUUUCCGUCGAAAACUCUGUCAUCGCCGGACUUUCUUUUGGCAUCAUGUUGGGCAUGGGAAGUGCACUAGAGACGCUAUGCGGUCAAGCGUUUGGAGCAAAACAGGUAGAAAUGCUGGGGGUUUACAUGCAAAGAUCAUGGAUUAUCCUCAACACCACGGCGGUGCUGAUGAUGUUCAUCUACAUCUUCGCCGCGCCGUUGCUAAGGCUCAUCGGCCAGACACCGGAGAUAUCGAAAUCGGCCGGCACGUUUUCCCUGUGGAUGAUCCCGCAGCUGUUCGCCUACGCCAUGAACUUCCCCAUCCAGAAGUUCCUGCAAGCGCAGAGCAAGAUCAUGGUGAUGGCCGUCAUUGCCGCCGUGGCUGUCGCCGGCCACACGCUGUUCAGCUGGCUCUUCAUGCUGAAGACCGGGUGGGGGAUGGUCGGCGGCGCGGUGGUGCUCAACUCGUCGUGGUGGUUCAUAGUGGUGGCGCAGCUGGCGUAUAUCUUCAGUGGGACUUGCGGUGAAGCUUGGAGUGGGUUUUCUUGGAAGGCUUUUAACAACCUAUGGGGAUUUGUUAGGUUGUCUCUUGCAUCGGCAGUAAUGCUUUGCUUAGAGAUGUGGUAUUAUACGUCUCUUAUUAUCUUCGCUGGAUACCUUAAAGAUGCAGAAGUUGCUGUUGAUGCAGUUUCUAUAUGCAUGAAUAUCUUAGGGUGGACAAUGAUGGUGGGUUUUGGAUUCAAUGCAGCAAUAAGUGUAAGAGUAUCAAACGAGCUAGGAGCAGGGCAUCCAAGAAGUGCAAAAUUCUCAGUAGUGGUAGCCGCAAUCACUUCACUUCUAGUUGGCGUCGUCCUAGGAUUCCUUCUAAUCCUCGUAAGAAAACAAUACCCGCCGCUGUUUUCGGAUAGUCCGAGGGUCCAACAACUCGUGUACCAGCUUACACCUUUGCUAGCUUGCAGCGUCGCCAUUAAUAGCCUUCAACCUACCCUCUCUGGAGUCGCCAUUGGAGCUGGGUGGCAAGCUUACGUUGCUUACGUCAACAUAACAUGCUAUUAUGUCAUUGGCAUCCCUAUUGGCCUCGUUUUGGGUUUCGUUUUCAAGCUCAGCGUCCUGGGCAUUUGGUACGGAAUGAUGAUUGGGACUACAGUACAAACCUUAGUAUUGAUAUGGAUGAUACUAAGAACAGAUUGGAACAGGGAGGCUUCUGCAGCUGGAGACAGAAUAAAAAGAUGGGGAGGAGAGUCAGAUACCAGAGAAGAUAAUGGUCAUGUUAUUGGUUGAUGAGACCAACUUAUUUAAAUCAAAUAAUUAUGGAGAGAUUAAGGGUGAGUUUGGUUCGCUCAUUAGAAUUGGAAUGUGAAUCAAAUACUUGGUAAUGGUAAUGAGUAUUGGUGAAUGUAUUUUAUAU